AUGUUGGAAAUCCAGUCUACCAAGGAGGGUCUUGCCCUAUACACUUUCUAUGCUAUUGCUGUUGGAAUCUUUACCAGUCUGUUGUUAUCUGUUUACAGCGAGAACUUUCGUGUCAUCUUACAAUUCUGCUACCACUGUUUCAUCAAGCCGUUCACCCCUUCUUCCAAGUCGGCGAAGAACGGCGGUGCCCAGCAGGAUGCUUUGGAAUCUUUCUAUCAGGCCCAGGCCAAGAUCUACGACAUGACCAGACCGACACUCCUGAAGGGAAGAGAAACGUCUUUGAAACUCGCUGCUGCCCAUCUUUCCAAAACGAAGGAUCUUGUUUGGAUCGACGUUGGCGGAGGAACCGGCUACAAUAUUGAGCACAUGAACUCGAUCCUACCUCUGAUGAAACAUUUCAAAGCCGUCUACAUCAUCGACCUGUCUCCCUCGUUAUUGGAGGUGGCCGAGAAACGGUUCCAGGAGAAAGGAUGGAAGAACGUGCACUGUUUGCUGGCAGACGCGUGCAACUUCACGGUUCCCCAUGUUCCAGCCGACUUGAUCACGUUCUCGUACUCGUUGUCCAUGAUCCCAACGUUCCACUGUGCGGUUGACCACAUAGCCUCGAUGAUUCAUAAGAACGGAAUCAUCUGCUGCGUGGACUUUGGUGUCCAGAGCAACUCUACCUCUUUGGCCCGAGUCAACACUCUUGGUGGAAUGACCGACCGUCACAACCCAUGGGUGUUCCGCACGUUCUGGCGGAUCUGGUUCGAAGCAGACAGAGUUUUUUUGGACCCGGCCAGAAGAGACUACCUGGAAUACCGGUUUGGAACUCUCAAGUCGCUGAACUUGUACAACAAACGGCUUGGAAACAUCCCGUACUACAUCUGGCUCGGAUGCGACAAAGACCGGUCGCCUGCUCUGCUCCACCGUGUAAACGCGCUGGCCACAGAGUCUCCGUACCUGGCUCCGCAAGAGAUUGAAAGCUCUGUGGAAAUUGCAAAAAGCAAGGGCCACGAAGCUGCUCUCGAGUCACAGUCCAGAAACCUACCAUACCCGUCGAUAUACUACCAGAACGACGCGUACCGCGUCUACUAUGACGAAUUGAGACCCGAGUACGUCCAGUUCAAAAACCAGUUCAUCUACGCAUUCACAUGGGAAGAUCCUAGAGAAGACGCUAAGAUCCUGAACUUAUCUUCGAAAGACACCGUGUUGGCAAUUACCUCGGCCGGAGACAACAUUUUGGCGUACGCUGCUCUACCAGAUCCACCUAGAAGAAUCCACGGAGUCGACCUGAACCCGUGCCAGGGUCAUCUGAUGGAACUGAAGCUGGCUGCAUUCAAGUCGCUGAAAAGAGAGGAGAUCUGGAAAAUGUUUGGUCUGGGCAAGAUCGAGGGCUUCAACGAGCUGCUGGUCACCAAGAUGGCACCCCACAUGUCCUCCAAUGCGUUCCAGUACUGGUAUGCCAAAGGAGAGAAGACCUUCAACGUGGAUGGCCGUGGCUUGUACGAUACAGGCUUUUCCAAAUGGGCGUUGAGAAUGGCGCGGUAUGUGUUCAAAAUCUGUGGAGUCACUGCAGACGUUGACGAUCUGUGUACGGCGAAGACAAUCGAGGAACAGAAACGGAUCUGGGACGACAAGAUUAAGCCGACCCUGUUCAACCCCAUUGUUUCCAAGCUGCUCAUCGGCAAUCCUAUUUUUCUGUGGAAAGCACUGGGUGUUCCGGCUAACCAAGCAGCUAUGAUGGGACCUUCUGUGAUCAAAUACGUGGUGGACACGUUGGACCCGGUGAUUACUCGGUCAUUGAUCUCCUCGGAUAACUACUUCUAUUACUUGACCUUAAAAGGAAGAUACUCCGAGACCAAUUGUCCAGAUUACCUGACCAAAACGGCAUACAAGAGCUUUUCAGGAAAGAAUUCGCCAAUAGACAAUGUGCGUCUGCAUACCGACUACCUAAACGAUGUUUUUGCCCGACUUACGAAACAUUCUUUGACCGUUGCGGUAAUAAUGGACCACAUGGACUGGUUUGACCCCGAAGGGAAAGAAGCAGACGAGGAAAUUGCCGCAUUGAACGAAGCAUUAGCACAUGGUGGCAGGGUUCUGUUGAGGUCCGCAUCCACCCAUCCGUGGUAUAUCAAAAAUUUCCAAGACAGAGGCUACAUCUGCCACCCGGCGGGAAUUCGUGAGCCAGGAAAAAGCAUCGACCGUAUCAACAUGUACGCUUCCACCUGGGUUUGCACAAAGCCUCCUAAACAGCGUCACAUGAGCACUCUCCAAAUCUGA